AUGGAGGAUCACGUAGUUUUAGGUGAAUUGAGCAAGUCAAAAUGUAUGAUAGACAGUUUCAUCCUAAGGGAUGGUACUCUUUUAGUAGUGGAACCGGAACAGAUAUGCAGGGCGGUUUAUUCCUCUGAACUGGUUUAUGAGCAAAUGGAAACCAUUGUGACUACCGGCUACAAUAUUGGUGCUAGUGCUUAUUGGGAACCGUUAACCGGUGUCGAAUAUUUGAUUUUACUAAAAGAUUGUGGAGCCCUCGAACUAUUGAAUUCCCAGUGCGAAAGAAUCGAUCUCUUAGAAACUGGCAUGGAACAAGAUGAUGAGAAGAAAUUCUUUGCAUUUGAUGAACGAGACAAUCAAAUCUUCAUCAAUUUGCGUAAAAAUACUAUCUUUGCAAUUGAGUAUCAAUUGAAGAACAAAGUAAUGUAUUUUGUCAAAAGAGAUGAGGGACCAAGGUGCAUUUUCGAGGAUGUAGAUACAAUUAUUGGCAUGGAAAUUUCAUGGAAUAUUGACUACAUGUCCGGUAGAGAUUUCCCUACAAUAUCCAUUCUUCUACUUAAUAUAUUUUCUCAGAACUAUUAUUUCCAAGUCAUCAGACAAGCGCCUAAAGAAGUUCGUAAGGGAAGGCAACCAUGGGAGACGUUUAUAAGUCAUAGUAAAUUGGAAGUACAGUUUGAAGAUAAUAGAGCAGUGCUAAGAGCUAUUUCCAAUGUCGGUUUUUUCAUUUUUGGACCACGUCAGGUUCUGUUCAUAAAAUUACCUGGAGGUUAUGAACAGACUGUUAAAGAUGUAGAAUUUCAGCAGUUCCAAAGUUUUGAAGGCUGCUACAUGUCCUAUGAUUUGACGGAGGAUGAUAAAAUAAAUUUGGAUGGGGGGAUAAUAUUGAGAAGAAACGUCAACUCAUUGGAAUUCGCGGCUUUCAACUCUCAAAAUCGCUUACUAAAAAUUUGGUUGAAAGUUAUCUUUGAAGAUCCUGAUGAGCUUAUUUAUCAUUGGGAUGCUUUAUCGACUGAAAUAAUUACGAUUGAGGGGCUUACUUCUGAUCGACAAAUUAUCACAAGGACAAUUUUAUUAUCCAAUGCAAUGGCUAUCCUUUUGUGUGAGCCAGAGAAUGAAAUUAUAUUUCUAGAUUUGAACCAAAUACAGGUCGUUAAAAGAGUUCCUUAUAAUCUAUCAAAAAUGUUCUCUUCAGACAUUAUAGGAACAGAUUUCCACAAAUUGGUCAAUUGUGGUGGAUCAGUCAAUAACAAGGGAUUUGUUGAAUCAAAAUUUUGGGGUCAUUCAAAUUUCUUCUCACUAGUCGAAUCAUUUGAUUCUGAAUACCAAGUCAUGCAGCUAUGGAAUAAUAAUAAGGGUGUUUGGUGGAAGGAUUCACGCGGGCAAAUCUUUUGUAAUGGUGAAUUGAUUGAUACUUGCAUGUCACCAAUACAUGUCACAUUAGAUGGAACCAUUGUUAAAGACACUUCGAUAAUCACUUGGUCUAAUAUUUUCAACGAUCCCAGUGGGAAUUAUGCAUACGUUUCUAAGGUUGGGCACAUAGGAUGGAGUGACGAAACUGAAACUGUUUUACUCGAUAAAUUGAGAAGCUCUUCUCUCGUGAAAUACAUUUUAACAUGCACCAAGCUGGAAAAUGGCUCUAAAAUUACUGUACUGUCCGUCGAUAACAAGCUCACAAUUUUGCAAGAUACCCACAUUUUAAAGAAGGACAUCGACGUUUCUACUGAACUAGAUUCAAUCGCAUGCAUGAACGUGAUAAGCUGGCGGGGAUCUCUUCGUCUCUUAAUUACUGACAUUGAUGGUAAACUAUGUGAGUUGGAUAUUAAAAACGUCAAAAUAUGCACCAAGCAUAAGAUUGGUGCUCAGAGGGCAGAAAUAUGUGCAGUUACUGACAGGGGAUUUUUUCUCAUUUAUACUAGAGAUGAUUUAUUGCUGUUGAGCUCCACAGAAACAGGAAAAUUCGAACUCACCCGAAUUGAUAUGAAAACUCGUAUCAGUAAAAUCGCCGCUAAGGACGGUUCGGCAAUUUCAAUUUUAGAUGAUGAUUCCAAAAUACAUCAAUACACAAUCGCCAACGAGAUCCCUCAACCCAAUGUUAUUAACAAACGUAUUGACUCCAAUUUGUACAUCCAUACAAAAUUCAUUUCGUUGUCAUGCUCAACCAGAUAUGUUUUGACGAGUUCACUUCGUUCAGCAUACAGUGAUCUAUUGCAAAGAGUGAAAUACUACACUGAAAUUCAAUUACAUGAUUUAGAGACACAGAAGACCGUAUCGCAAUAUGAUUUAUCCGAAAAAUACCCCCAGGCACUUGUAUCGGAUAUUGUAGCAUUGCCUUUCAAUAGGGAAUCCUUCAUGAGUGAUGGCAUGAAUCAAAACAACAUUUAUGCAAUGCAACUAGCAUUUGACAGAGUUUUUAUCGUCUCUUUAAACUACGAAAUGGCAGAAGAUGAAUCAUUAGAUAAUCUUCUGUUAUUCUCUAUUGAUGACAACAACGGAACUAUAGAGCUACUUCAAGGCGUUAAUACGAGCCACCCCAUUACAGCUUUACUUAAUUACCACAACCGUACUCUUAUCACUGCUGGUGAAGUUUUACAAGCUUACAAAAUUGACUACUUACUUAAGGAAAACACUUUCAAAAUCGACUUGGUAUCCAACGAUGUACGUUGUGGUGGGCUAGUUAAUACAAUUGUCAGGUUGCCACGCACAUAUCCACCAGGGAUGGUACCUGAAGGGAAAAAAAGAAAAUUGCAAGAGGGAUCUUUCGUUAACGAAAGACUACUUAUCCUCAAUAUCCUUAGGGGCCUACGGGAAUAUGUAUUGACUCAAAAGUCAAAUAGUGCUCAAGAGAAUUUACGAAUUACUCCUAUAACAACCUCAGAAAAAUCAUUAUUCGGGGAUCAUCCUAAUGCGAAUGGAUUGAUAACCCAUCUAUCAAUGUGCCGAAUGGGAGAAACCACUUGGUUAAUUACUGGUGACACUGAAAGAUCAAUUUUCUUAUACCGCACAUCUAUUGACGAUGAACCAAGUUUAAUUCAACUAAAACUUCCAGGUGACAUUGUUAGCAUAUGCUCAUUUUCAAAAAGCCAUGAAUCCUCCUACCUCAUUAGAGAAGAAUCUUUAAUUCAGUGUGAAAGAAAACCGAUUUCAAUAUUAUUUACAAUAAGCACAUCCAAGGGUGAGUACCUGAUAGGCAUUUUGGAAGAUUCUAAACUUCUAAGAAAACUUAAAACAACAGUAGGAAAAAAAAUGGAAGAACAAUUCAAAUUUAUUCAGUUGGAAGACGAACAGUCUGAUUUGAUUUUCACGGAUACUAGAAUUUCGACAGAUUCUUCGUUCAAGAAAUCCUUUGAAAAGUCCAUGUUGUAA